ACUUUCUGCUCUCGGUUCUCUGUCUUCAAAACAAACUUCGCCAAACUUCCUCUUCCCCCUUUAAAAAAAAAAUUCCUCUUCCCUGCCGCGAGGACCCGAGGACGGCGGCCUCCAUGCGCCGCUUUUUCGCCGCGGCAUGGCCGCACCUCUUUAUCUCCUUCCUCCUCGUCGCGCCACAGUCAAAGGCGGCGUCGAGCUUCGGCGCCACCGCUGGCCACUCAGAGUGGCAGGUCUUGACCAGGGCCAACUUCUCUUCCCAGAUCCGGCUCCACCCCCACGUCCUCCUCGUCGUCACCAUGCCAUGGUAUGGCGAGUCAAGAUCACUGAUGGCUGAAAUACAGCAGCUUGUCGCAACCGAUGAGAUGGAGCUAGGGCGCCUUAAGUUAAUGGUUGUUUACAGAAAUUCUGAGAAGUUGCUGUCUGAUGCUAUUGGCGCAACUGAAGGAACAAAGUUCAUAUACUACCAACAAUCCAUACAGUUCAAAUAUCAAGGAAAGCUUCGUGCACGUGAUAUAUUAUAUUCAGUACAAUAUAUCAUGUCACUUAAGCAUGAGGAGGCCCCUUUUGUGAUUCUGCACACAAGAGAAGAUGUGGAGGCGUUUAUUCAAUCAACUGACAGAGCUGUACUGCUAUCCGAGUUUUGUGGUUGGUUUACCAGAUUGGCUAGUGGCGGAAGCAACGGAAGCAGUGGGGUCACUCCAUCAAAAAUCCACACAGAGAAUGUUGACAUUUCUGGGAAGACAGUGACCAGACAGUCAGAUGGCCAACUAGAGCUUGUUAUAGAAGAUGAAGAACUGAUCUUUGGAGGUGGGAGUCAGCUUACUGGUUCUCCUUGGAAAGGUGGAUUUACCACAGCAAAUCAAAGCGGCUCAGAUCAAAUUGAAAUAUCAACUGAUGAAAAUAGUAAGUUGUGCACAGUGCGAAAGUUCCAACAGUUUGAAAGCUUCUAUGCAAAGCUUACUGCCCUGUCAAGAGAAUACUUUCUUCCUCCGGAGAAAGUUAGAUUUGGCCUUGUAACUGAAAAACUGCCAUUAUCUUCAUUGGAUAUUGCCAAUGCAAGCAAUUCAGAGACAUGGUUCCUCAGUAUUCAUUAUCUGGGAUGCACAUCUUGUUCAGUUAUUGCGAAAGAGGAAGAUGACCUAAGAAGCCUGUUGCAAUCAUACCAUAGUCUUGAUGUUAAAGAGAUUGAUGCUGAUGCGAGUGGCGGCGAGGUUACCUUUCCUGCAAACAGGCCCUCAGCUAUUCUAUUUAUCGAUAGAUUAUCCGAUUCCUUAAAAAUUAGAGAUGAAAGCAAAUUAUCUCUCAAGUUAAUACGGGAGUAUGUUCAGAAAAAUUAUCCACCUUAUGUCAUUUCUGGUGAUCUAAAUAGUGGUAACUCCAGAAUGCCCACAAAAGCGGGUCCUUCUGCACUGAGCACAAGUAAGUCAGAUGCCCACUCUGGGACAGCUAGGUUGCAUGAUUUGGCCUCGAAGUAUAUGGAUCUAGGGGAGAAAAUGUCAGUAAUGGUUGUUAAAGAUGGAGAAAGUAUUUCAUACAGAAGUGCUAGCGAAGGUAGUACUAAUAGUCCUUUAUAUGAAAUUCUAACAAAACUGAUUCACAAAACAAGAUCAGCACAUAGGUCAAAGAAAACGAGGAUAAGUUUUGUAGCAAAAGAUGUUGAUCUAAAGUUGCUGUCUGACGAUUCUGAAGUCCAAGUGGUGGAUUCCGUAUCAAUUCGAGAAAGUCAAAGAACGGAUGAUUUAUUUGCCAGCUCAGACAGUGUCAAUGAUGGUAUCGCUGAAGUUUCUGUGCAUGAAAACAACAAGGCAACAGAAAUUGAAUAUAUCGGUGAUGAACAAACACCGACUAUACUUGAGAAAAUUCCUGCACACUCGUGUGGUAUCAGUGAUAAUGAUCUUCAUUGUAGUGAUACAGAAAUGGAGGAACAACAAGCCGUCGAGGCCUCUGAUGUAAGCCCUGACCUUCAGAAAGAGGCCUCCAUUGAUGUGCAUAGCAGCAAUGAAGUUCGUGCCAAGUUACAAAAGCACAGAGAUGAGAAAAUUGUUACAGAAGUUUUGGAGAUUUUGGAACCUGAUGGGAGAAAAGUGAACUCUAACAAAGAGAAAUCAGGAUCUCCAAAUCAGCAAAAUGUAUUUUCAGUCCUAAGUCAAGAAUCUGAAAGAAUUGAAAAUUUCAUUUAUGAGGAUGAUUUGUUUAAUAUAGAUGAAGAAUCAGAAAAAAGUGACAGCAAAUAUUCUCCACGUGCAACAUUUAGCUCUUCCAGCAUCCUUGCAAGUGAUAACACUGAAUAUACAGAGCAGGUAACAUCAAGUAUAUCAGAAAACCAUUUUGCUGGUUCAUUCUUCUUUUCUGAUGGUGGUUAUAGGCUUCUGAGAACUUUAACUGGUGGAUCAAGAAUGCCAUCCCUGGUAAUAAUUGAUCCAGUUCAACAAAAGCAUUAUGUUUUUCCUCAGGAAAGUGAAUUUAGCUACCCUUCCUUGGCAGAUUAUUUUGAUAGUUUUGUGAAUCAAAGUCUUUCUCCGUAUUAUCGUUCAGCCUCAUCUGUUGUAAGUUCAAAGGAGCUUCCAAGGCCGCCUUUUGUCAAUCAAGAUUUCCAUGAGGCAAAUUCCAUCCCUGUGUUGACAGCAAGUAGUUUUUGUCGCUUGGUCUUUGGAUUUGAAGGUUGUGAUUCAAAAAAUGAAACGCCAUUGAAUACUGCUACUAUUUCUUCUGCUUGGAAGAAGGAUGUGCUGGUGCUGUUCAGCAACUCUUGGUGUGGGUUUUGCCAAAGAACAGAGCUUGUUGUCCGUGAAUUGCACCGAUCAUUCAAAAGUUAUAUGAGUUCAAAUUCUCAGUUUGCGAAGGCUCAAGGUUUGCAGACCGAAGAGAAUAACGGAGACUUGGGCCUUCCAGCUAUUUACAUGAUGGACUGCACAACAAACGAUUGCCAUCAUUUACUAAAAUCAGCAGACAAGGAGGAGUUUUAUCCUACGGUGUUGCUUUUUCCGGCGGAGAACAAAAGUGCAAUAUCGUAUGAAGGAGGAAUUUCUGUGGGUAAUUUAAUUGAAUUUUUGGAGUUGCAUGCGAGCAAUUCUCGCCAUAUGUUGGAAUAUAAAGGAUUUCUGCGAAAGAAGAGGAUGGUAAUGCAACAUGAAGCACCGCAGAUGGUCCGGUUUCACAUAAACGACAAGAGCGGCAGCAGUGUUGGUUCCGUUCCGCCAAGUCAGCCAGAGAAGCGCAAGGUGCAUAUCAUCACGGGGUCCAUCCUCAGCGCCACCAAAAAGCUUGGUGCUGCAGUUCCGUUUGAUAAUGCUCGAGUCCUCAUCGUAUCGGCUGAUCCUCACGAGGGAUUUCAUGGACUAAUCAUCAACAAAAGGUUAAGCUGGGACGCCUUCAAGAACCUGGACAGCUCCCUGGAGCCUAUCAAGCUUGCCCCUCUCUUCUACGGCGGACCUGUUGUGGUGCAGGGUUACCACCUUGUGAGUUUGUCCAGAGCCACGCUGGAGGGGUACACGCAAGUCAUACCCAACCUCUAUUAUGGAAACAUAAUUGCUACAAGCCGGGUAAUCGCGGGGAUCAGAGUGGGCGAGCAAUCUGCCGAGGACCUGUGGUUUUUCCUUGGCUACGCUGGUUGGGGCUACAGCCAACUGUUUGAUGAGCUAUCUGAAGGAGCAUGGCAUGUUAGUGGAGGGCCGAUCAAGCACCUGGAAUGGCCGGAGAGUUAGAAGAUUCCCUUUUAGUCCAUUUUGCACAUAUCUGCUGACGUUACAACAUGGCAUUCAGAGGCAUGGUGGUAACAUUGUGUUUCCUGUACUGUAGCGUUUAACGCCUGCCGAGGCUACGGGAAUUUUGGGCAGGGUAGCCUCUCGACACAGGUUGUUCUGAUCUGAAUUAGUUUUGGCACAUUUUGGUGCACAGAUGGUCGGAUAAGGGAAAGCAUUGGAUUCAUGAUUUUGCA